AGAGGUGGAGAGACUAAGCCAAGGAUUUUUGCACCUUUUGUUCCAUAUUAUCGUCGUGACCUUCUGUUGCAAGGCUAGAUGAGGUAGUUCACGAAGUAGUGUGGAGCCAACUUCAUGGGAUGCAGCCAUGACAGCUGACAGGGGGCCACAGUCUUCUGCUCAGUCAAUCACAUGGAGCGUGGAAAACGAAAUUCACCUGUUUGAUGCAAUGACUGGCUACAAACCUGUUGGGGUCAACAAACAUUUCCAGAUGCUGAUGAUACUGGAGCGGUUCUGCUCGCGAGUGCGACAAGACGUGCCUGCUGCGGUCAUUUGGGAUCGGCUGAACCAGCUAUAUGACAUGACUGCUCUGGACGAGCUGGAGAAUCUGCCGUUCCCGAACAAGCAGUCGGAGUUCGGCCUCCCUGCCGACGAAUUCGACAGCCUGAUGCAGGAGAAGCUGCGCGGCGGAGAGCAGCGCGACGACGAGAGGACCCGCGACGACGGCAGACGACCCAAGACCAAGGAGGACAGGGGGGCCGGCGCCACGCGGGAGAAGCGGAAAGGCGACGCCGGAGACCAGGUGCGGCGCGCUCCGAAGCGGGCGGCGCGCGACAGCAUGGGCAAGGCGGGCAGCCCGGCCGGCACGUCGCUCCCCAAGCGGACGCGUCGCAUCUGACCGCGCCCCGCUCCGGGCGCCGGCUACACAGCGUUUUCGAGCGGUGUUUGUGGGCGGUGGCGUGUGGGACCAGUCGGGGAUGAGCACAAGCCGAUCUCGGCGCCGGCGGUCGUUGGUCGCCGGGCCUGUUUUUACCUCUUGUGCACGCCUGACGGCCCGCAGGCGGAGGCAGUGGCGGGGCCGAGCUCGGGCUGCUGGUGCCUCGUGCGGAGCCGCGAGGGCGGCAUGUGUUACUCCAUGCUCCGCGUUGUAAGGCCGUGGGAUGCGCUCUUGACUAUGUGGGUGAAGCUCGGGGUUCU